UUCUAACUAAAGUCACCUUACUGAAGCAGAAUGUAAAAAGCAUGUUAGUUUCAAGUUUCUGUAUAAAUGUCCCAAUUGUCAUGCUGGUCAAUCCUCUACUCAAAUCCCAACGAUCGGCCACUGAUGCCUUCAGACUUCGAGCGGCUCCUGGACUCUACUGAACGGGAAACGGGUGUGCCAUGUGAAAAGGAAAGAAGCACUUUUAGCUGACUCUGAGUGCCCUGCUCAACACUGACAGGGACCUGUUGUCUGACAGGGAGCGAGGGGAUAGGAAGGGCAUUAAUCAUUUAAUGAGAUUACGCAGGGAAAAAAAAGGCCAAAGGAGGAAGUAAAGGGGUGGGGCGAGGUGUGCAGCGGUCCUGUCAGAGCUUAAGCCCAGUGGGAUGACCGAGGCCGAAGCUUCUGUUCUGGACCAUGUGUCCACACAUGGGGAUGCAAGGAGUGUGACAUUAGCAGCUCUUAACCAACACACAAGUCAAGAUGGUCACCAAACUGGUCUGCUGUCUUCAUCUGAGUCGUAGGACGGGAAACUACAAUGUCCAGAAUCGCUCCAAAAAUGCAGCAGGAAAGCCUCCGUACAACCGCUGCAACUCGCAGGACUCGCUGGACAUGGACGUCUUCUGGAAGGAGGUGGAGAGCAUCGGAGAGGCUGACACGGGGCCGCAGGAGGAGGUGCAGCUGAAGGUGGCAGAUGAGGGAGAGCACGAAGAAGCAUGGCUGACGGAGGCAGGGCUGGCCACACUCUUCCAGGAGUCGGACCCCGACGACUCGGACGACAGCAAGGCCAUGCUGUCGACGCUGACGCGUACUCAGGCGGCCGCCGUGGAGAAGCGCGUGGAACUGCUCAAGCAGACCAUGCGCAAGAGGAACAAGCAGUACCACGUGCCGGACGUCAGGGAGAUCUUCAAACCGCCGCCGGGCUCCACAGCCGACUCGGAAGAGACCCAGCAGCUCGGCGAAGACUCGCAGGCCACCGAGAGAAGUGAAAAUGGAAAACGGGAUGUUGCGUCCUCUGAUAAGGCCAUGGGAAAUGGAGCAUGUCCCCCCGCCGACCAGUCCACCCUCAACUCGGAGACGGACCUCAACCUGGAGGUGUCAUUCGCCGAACAGGCGCUAAGCUACAGGGAGAGGUCAAAGGGCGUCGAGAGCCAAAGCCAGAGUGAGAGCGAGGCAGACGACAAGCUACCGAAUUUCAAGGUUCCCCCGGACAAGACCGGCCGGACUAAGGUCGGAGACUUGGCCCCUCAGGACAUGAAGAUGGUGCGGCGGCUCGCGCUGAUUGAGAUGACCGCCCUGUUCGACAUGGCGAAGAUCGACUGGAAAUCCAACAAAGUGGUCAAGCUGAAGGAGAAAGAGUCGGGUCUUUUUGGAGUCCCACUGGCCACCCUACUAGAGCAGGAUCAGAGGAGGGUAACAGGGACCAAGGUGCCACUCAUACUGCAAAGGCUGAUCAGUCACAUAGAGGGGGAGGGUCUGGAUACUGAGGGACUCCUACGGAUACCCGGAGUGGCCAUAAGAGUCAAGGCUCUGGUUCAGGAGCUGGAGGCCAAGUUCUAUGAGGGCACGUUCCCAUGGGAGACCCUAAAGCAGCAUGAUGCGGCGAGCAUACUGAAGUUCUUCAUCCGCGAGCUGCCACACCCUCUGCUCACCGUUGAGUACCUGAGCGCGUUCAUCUCUGUGCUCAAGCUGCCUACAAACAAGCAACAGCUUCAAGCUCUCAACCUACUGGUCCUACUACUGCCAGAGACUAGCAGAGACACACUAAAGGCUUUGAUGGAGUUCUUCCAGAGGGUGAUCGACCACAAGGAGCAGAACAAGAUGACCCUCAACAAUGUGGCGGUGGUCAUGGCCCCCAACAUCUUCAUGUUCAAAGGCUUCCGCAACAAGAUCACCGAGCAGCAGGAGUUCUCCAUGGCUACCGGCACAGCUAGCAUCGUCCGCCUGCUCAUCCAGUACCAGAACCUUCUAUGGACUAUCCCAAGGUUCAUCAUCAACCAGGUCCGCGAGCAGAACACGGAGAAACAGAAGCAGAAGAAAGCGAGCAAGGAGAAAGGCAUGAAGAGGCUGCUGAAGAAGAUGACCCACGACCGCGACAAGCCCGACAAGCAGGAGAGGAACACCUCCGAGGUGAGAGAGAGAUUGAGGAGUGACAGCUCCCAAGGUUUCAUCAGGGUGCAGGCUCCCGAGUUCUCCAAGGUGUCCAUGGCCGUUCAGCUGACUGAGGACCUGCAGGCAUCAGACAUCCUUGUGCGCUUCGUCAGUCAGGAGAGCCCUGUCUCUGUGAAGAGGGAGGAUCUGUGUCUGUACGAGAUUGGAGGGAACAUCAAGGAGCGCUGUCUGGACGAGGAGGCCUACAUGAAGGCCCUGCUGGAGCUCAACCCCAGUGCUGAGUGGGUGAUCAGGCCUACCCAGCGCUAGCACACCGCCGCUAACGCUAGCCUACCUCCGCUCCGCCAGCGCGAGGGAGGAGGGACACACGAAACCAACGCACGAAAGGGAACGUGUCACUUAAAAGACGGUUGGGGAUGGGGGAGUUCAUCAUGUCUGUUUGACCUUGGAGGGGGAAGCCAAGGUCGUUCUCAGUACAAGCCUUAUAUGAGAAUGCAGUAGCUAGUCAUAGUUUUAUAAACUGAUGCCUGCUGUCAUAAAGUCUUCAUGGGCUCUCUAUGCAGUGUUUCAGGGGCCAGUGGCAUGUCCUUUUUUAUUUUUUUGAGCAACUGAAGCAAAUGUGGCACCGUAGCAUUCUCUCGCUAUAAAAUCAGAUCGACUUUUUAAAAAUUCUGUUUCCCUUUUUCUCACUGAAACAAGUUUUUUUUAAUUUUGCUAAUGCUCAAACUAUAGAGGUAGGCUCUGGCUACCCUCUUAUGCCCCUUAAACACUUCACCGUCAGGAUUAGUCAUUCCUCGACCUUUUUGCAGUGUGUGGUUUUUGUUAUGGAAAUGAUAACGCCUGUAGACCUUUACACAAGGGCAUUAUGUCUUUGGGUUCUGUGCUUUGGGAGGUUUAUUUCAUGGAAAAGGUGUCUGUCAGUGUCAAACAGCCUAAAACAGGGAAGAGCAGACGCAUAAAAUAGACAGAAGCAUUGGCAGUUGCUGUCAAAUACUGCUGAGCCAGAAUUCCAUUGACAUACAAGCAGUUUUAUGUUUUGACAAGAACUGCAUUCUGCACCAUUAUGUUUGAGGUGUUGCAGUGCAUUAAUAGACUGUGGUAAUACCAACUGACACUACUGGUGUCUGUGCUCGGGGAAAAAAAAGAAUCCCUAAUAUACUUUAUAGUGUGCAUUUCUAUGCCACGUAUCUUCUCCCUGACGAUGCUGACAGUUCAGUGAAGUCAUAUAGUGUGUGAUUUGGAGUGUAGGCCCAGAGGCUGUAUCCAUGACCACUGGAUUUGCCUUGCUGUUAGGUUCCUCGACUUGGUUCCAGGAUGUAUUCUUUUCUUAAGAGUGCAGGAGUCAUCAAUUGGAGACAGACAUUCUUCUUUUUGUUUGAAGCUGCUAUUUCAGAAGUGGUCUUACCAUAAGACGAACAGAGGAAAGCUGAGUCUCCCGUUCACAAACAUCGAGUGUAUGUACUAUUACGUCGCAUUCAGCUGAAACUGAGAUACUCUUCAGUGAACAAACAUGGCAGAAGAAGUUGUAAGAUAGUUCAGAUCUCAUCUAUAGGGGAAAAUGUACUUUGCAAGCAACCAAAAAACCUUUAGAAAUUCUCUCAUUCCUUAACAUGAACCACUUUAUAUGAUUUUUGCAUUACUGAUUAUAUUACUAUUUAUUGGUCUUUGCAUUUCAUAACAUCUCAUUUUGUUCUCCAUUUUCGCACUCCUGUAUAAUUCUUUGUAUGAUGCAGUUUCACUAUGUUCAAUGACGAAUCUCUUUAUCACUUACACUCAAUGAAUUAACACUAAAAUGAUAACGAUCAUGCUAUUGCUUUCUUAAACACCCACUGCCAAAUGCACCCCUAGCCAGUGGGAAGACCUCGGAUAGUCCCUUCUAUCUGAGGCCCUGCUCAGCAGUUUCCAGGGAAUUUGAAGGUACUGUACCAGAGGUGGUUUUUUUUGCUGUAAAUCAGGGGUAUUUUUAUUAAGCGGGUGACAUUCGUCAAGACCCCUUUUUUUCUGCAACAGUAGCACCCGUCUGUUUCUGCGGCAACUGACCUGCCUCCAUGCAGAGUCAUUAUGGGAUGUGUCAACCCAAAUCAGCUUUUCCAAUUCAGCACCUAGCGGAUUGCUAGUAUGGUGUCCCACAAGGUACUUUUCAAAGGAGGGAAUUGUUUGACCAUUUAUUUUUCAUUUAAUUUCAAAUUAUUUCAGUGCAAGGGAAGACAUUACCCUAGGGGAUAGUGUUAUCUCAGUGUAAAACACUGAAUACAUAUUUUUUUCAACCAGAUGAUUUUUAUACACACACCUACACACACACAGACACACACACACACACACACACACACACACACACACACACUUUAAGCUUUACACUGUGAACAGGGCUGUUAUUAAGUGUCCCUGAUGUACUGUAAUUUACUGAACUGUAUCUAAUGCUUUGAGAAUGACCACUAAAAUUGUUUUUGUAAAUAAAUCUGUAAUUGCUCCA